AUGGUACUCAUCUUCGCGAAGGUAGUGCUCUCGGCUUUGUUGCUCCUACUUUCCUUUCCCCAGAACGUUCGAUCUCAAUCCUUAUUAUUGUCUCUUCAACAAGGGGCAGGAAACGAGAAUCAUGGAAGUGUUGUUGGCUUGACCAACAAGAAUCAGCCUCCGUAUGUUGCUGCCAACCAAGAAGCGACAAUCAGGAAGAGCAAUAAGGACUUUCCACAAAUGACUUUCAACCGCCAGUUAUUGCAAGAUAACGAUGGUUCAACAAUAACCUGGGACCAUGCAGUUACCUUUCAACAGACCGACGGCUGGUCUCAUUCCCAGUCCGGAGACGGCACCUUUCUUGCUGCAAGUGACCAUCGUAGUUCCAACAAUGGCAUUGUUCAAAACGGAAGUGUUCGAUUCUUCCGCAAGGAGCAGGGUUCGUGUGGUGGAUCAUCUUGGAAGGAAUGGACCAACCUUGCCUUGUUUGGAAACUCAACAGGAGAUAACUUUGGCUGGGAUAUAUCUCUUUCCAAGGACGGAAAUCGAGUGGCAAUUGGUGCUACAGGGUCUGGAAAUGUAGGAAGUGUGGCAGUCUACGAGCUGGUCAAUGGGGCUUGGGCGCUAAUGGGUGUGAUUCAAGGUGAGGCGGAGGAUGAUACGUUCGGCUAUUCAGUAUCGCUCUCCAAGGAUGGAUCGAGGGUAGCUAUUGGUGAUCGGUACCGUGAUUCUUUCGCCGGUAAUGCCCGAGUCUACGAGUGGGAAGGUUCGUCGUUUCUGAAAUUGGGAGACGAUAUGAAUGGAGAAUGUAGUGAGGAUCAAGCAGGCGCUGAUCUUGCUCUUUCCGAAGAUGGGCUGGUGGUUGUAAUUGGUGAUCGUAAGUUUGUACGAGUGUUUGAGUGGAGCGGGGGAAGCUGGACAAAGCGCGGCCUCAAUUUUGAUGGCUCUUCUUGGGCUCCUUGGGGGUAUUCUCUCGAGGUUUCGGUGGCUCUCUCUGGCGAUGGGAACAUUGUAGCCUUCGGAUUGUUUAGAAGGGUGCAAGUGUUUGAAUGGAAGGAUUUUGAAUGGAUCCAAGUUGGCCAAACUUUAAAAGUCGAUGAUGAAGACGUUAUUUAUGGACAAUCGGUUUCCCUAUCAUCUUCUGGUUCCAUUCUUGCCGUUGGUUCACGGUCAAACAACGCCUCUUUACCUGCAAAAAUGUAUGCCUUGGCUGAUGGUAUUUGGGUAGACCAAGGUGGCAGCAGCGGCAGCAAUGGCGCUAGAGUUUCAGUAUCCAGCGAUGGAUUUACCCUUGCAGUUGGGGAUUGGAGAUCAGAUUCCAUUUCCAUUUACAACUUGAAUGGACCACUGGAUACCACCACUCCGACUUGCCGACCAACCCCGUCACCAACCUCAAGCCUAUCUUCUGGACCAAGCAUAGGACCAACUUUCCCACAAAGCUCUGGACCAAGCAUGGCACCAAGCUCAGGCCCAACCUCGUCCGGAUGCAAUGGAAAUUUCCACUGGGAGUUUUUUCUUUCAUCAGUCAUAUUUUUACCUUGCCUUCUGCUAUCUGCCUCUUUCUAA